AAGCUUGGCAGCUCUGUGCAUAUUCUCUGAAGCUCUGGGUGGAGAAGAAAAGGCUCGGGUCUGGAAGGAGGUUAAAAACCUAACAGGCAUUUUUGUGUGAGAUGUGCCCCUCCUCCACCUAUCUGUCCCCACCCAGAGGGAAAGCUGUGGCUGAAGGGACCAGGAGUGACUUCUUUCUCAGGCUAAGGAAGGAAAAGCUAACCAAACAGAAAAGGCAUUUUUACACUGCUUAAAAACAAUGGGAAUUUGUGAACUGUCCCUUAAGCCAGGAAUGGGAUUUGCUUGCUAGUGGAAUCCAGCUGUGAGUCAGAUAUUUGGGUUUGGAAGAGGAGCAAGGACAAGGAGAAGGGAGAAAACUGAUGGGUCAGAAAUAGAGCUGAACAAGGCAACCUCUUUCAAAGGGAAGAGUGUCUCUGUGGUGAAAGAAUCCCCCUGUGUCUGCAGCAGUCAAAGAAGAAGGUCCUCGAGGAACUAUGGGGAGCAAGAAGAAGAUCAGUGUUCCAGCAAAGUUAAUCAAUGGAGGUGUGGCCGGGCUAGUGGGAGUGAGCUGCGUCUUCCCAAUUGAUUUGGCGAAAACCCGUCUUCAAAACCAGCAGGGACAAGGAGUCUAUACUGGAAUGCGGGAUUGCUUGGUGAAGACUCUGCGUUCAGAGGGAUUCUUCGGCAUGUACCGAGGGGCCGCAGUGAACCUGACACUGGUCACGCCAGAGAAAGCAAUCAAGCUGGCAGCCAAUGACUUUUUUCGACAGCUGCUGUCACAGGACAGGAAGGAGUUGACGCUGAUGAGGGAGAUGCUAGCUGGCUGCGGAGCUGGGGCCUGCCAAGUGGUGGUCACCUCCCCCAUGGAGAUGCUGAAAAUUCAGCUUCAAGAUGCUGGACGACUGGCUAUUCAUCAGCAAAAGGUUUUGGGAACAGAUGGCCCACAGGCUCCCUUCUCCCAGCCCCCGCAGGACAGGCCUUACACCACUGGCACAGCCUCAGCAUUCAAGCGCCCCUCGGCCACUGUGAUUGCCAGAGAUCUUCUGAAAACCCAAGGGCUAGUGGGACUGUACAAAGGCCUGGGAGUCACCCUGCUCAGGGAUGUGCCUUUUUCCAUUAUCUAUUUCCCACUGUUUGCCAACAUCAACAAACUGGGACAGAGGCACUCUGAGGAGAAGGCACCCUUCUUCCAUUCAUUCGUGUCUGGCUGCGUGGCAGGAUCCGUGGCUGCAGUAGCAGUGACCCCACUGGAUGUUUUAAAAACCCGAAUUCAAACUCUCAAGAAAGGCCUGGGAGAGGACACCUACAAUGGAAUCAUUGACUGCGCCAGGAAGAUCUGGACACAUGAGGGCCCUGCUGCCUUCAUGAAGGGGGCAGGCUGUCGGGCCCUGGUUAUAGCACCCCUCUUUGGCAUAGCCCAGGGUGUCUAUUUUAUUGGCAUUGGUGAAUAUAUCUUGGGAUAUUUCCACUAGAACUUGUUCUGGCUAAAUCAGGCCUGGCUGAAGAUCGCACACAAGUUUACUCCCCACUGCUGCAGAACUGGAUUUGCCAGAAAUGGACAGGACCAUGUUGUAAUCAUUUCUCUUAUGGACUGCACCACCACCUUCAGUUUUCUCUGCCCACGAGCAGGGGCCAACACUGGCUGUCAGCUAUAUUAUGGCUUAAAUUUCCUGCUACUUUCAUACAUCCACUUAACGUUCUGCGUGCUACAGCUAGCCCCUGCACAUGUAAACACCGGGAAGAAUGAUCUAUGUAUCCUUACUUGUUUUUCCCAGGAUAGUAUAACACAAGAGUUUGUCCUUUGAAUGGCUGUGUGUAAGUAGAGAUUCAUUGUUUUCUUAUAGAGGUGAUCUCAAGGAUUGUUUGAGGUCAGAGGGUCCUGUAUGAACCAAAGAGGCCUAGAUAGGACUCAGCUCCCUAAUGACCAGUUUGACCAUAUAUGAUCUGCAAUCUCUUGUCCAUCUCGCUUUGUUUUUAAAUGCAUCACUGUUUGCUUUGCUUGGCUGCAGUGGCUGUUCCAUCAAAUAGUCAGAGGGGGUUCAAACUCACUUGUUCCAGCAGUGUCUGAAUGUAAACAGGUGAGGCACAGCAGUCGGAACACAAAGGCGUAAGUGUGAAACAGUUUUGUUCCUUCCAUGCAGGGUCAGAAUGCAGUGGGGGGAGGUGGAGGCGAGAGGAGAAGGCAGCAAAACUAGAAAGACUUACGGCUUAGGUGUACAAUAGUUACAAUUACACAGAAAUAAAGACUAAUACAAACCAACUGUCAAUUUUAUAGCAAAGCAUUAGGGGUUCAAAAAUACUGUGUGUCAGCUGAAGGCAUCCAGCAGCUGGGUGUGUCAAAGCCAUUUCUGGACCAGCUGUUGCAAAUCUCAAAAUGGCGAUAAGCACACUUACAAAAAUUGCUGAAGAUUAGUGUUCUGGUGCAGGGCCUGCAUGGGGGAAACUGUACUAUAAUGGGAGCAUUUCCUUUGGAAAUGGAGGUAGAGGGCAAGAUAAAAAGAAAAGACACUAACUCUGGGUUAAGUAUUUUUCAGGAUUCAGCACUGCAGGAUUGUCAUGGUUUGCAAUUUGAGUAGAGGAGUUAGGCUCAAAUUUUAUUUUUUUUACAUGCUUUUUAAAGCAAGAAAAUAACCUGUAGUUCUGCCUCUGAGCCUGCAAUAUGAAGGAUAACACUUUAUUUUAUAACUGUAUCCCUGCAGCCUGCUAAGCAGCAUAUUCAUGAUGGCAUAAUAUGAAAGCCUUAUUACCACUGCAUGAAAGUAUGAAAGGUUGGCUGAGUUUCAUUUACAGGACUAAACAUAGGGCUAGGAGUCAGGAACUGUGUGCGCUAAGCAUAGCUGCACAGUGACUUCAUUAUGGAACUGGGCAAGUAACCUUGGUAUAUUUCACUUCACAAUCUGUACCCUAGGGAUAAUACUUAACAUCUCAGGGAUAUUAACAAUGAGGGUUUUAUAAAGCAGGCCCUGCCAAGCAGAUGAUGCAGGGACGAUUGCUGUAUUACUGUAAAUCAAAGCUGCACAAUGCUAGGAGCAGGAGAGAGGGUAGUAGCAGCUGCUUUUCUAGCUAUGUUAUUUGAGACCAGCCUACCUAAGCGCUGAAACGUAGCUGCUUAAAGAGUAAAGUUUUUAAACUCCAACUGGGGAGGGAGGCAGGAGUACAUCUGGUAGAAGAGGCUGAUGCUUUUACAGCUAGUAAGCCGCCCUUAACACUGUCUCACUCUAAUUCUGUCCGUCCAAUACCAGAAGGGGAGCUACUGCCUCACAUUUAGGAAGGGAAGGAAGGAAGGAGGCUGGUCCUAGAUUCCCUUAGUCAGAAUAUUAGCUUAAAUGUUAACAGUGUUAAUGUACUGACAGAACUUCUCCAUCAGUUCAACUUGCAGCCAGGACAAUGCUCUGAGACUCAGAUUUUUAUCUUAAGUGGAUCACAAGCCAAUCAAAACCAAAUGUUAGUAGAUAG